AAUAUGGGUGUUUCUCUGAUUAAUACUCCCUUUGACCUGUCAUUGCAGGUGGAUGACCAUGUCUUGGUAGGUUUGUGCUUGUGCCAUACUUGGGAUAUUGUUUUAUGAUCUAAUUCUGCUUCAAACCUUUCAAUAACCUUGUCCCUGUGUUCCUUGGUCUUCAUUGUGAAGUUUGUUCGCUUGUUCUCUCACUAAUUAUGUUACUUCUAAAGGCAGUUGCAUUUUUUAGCAUUCAAAUUUUUAUGCAUUAGUAGAUGUAAAGAUGUAAAUGUGGAGAGGUUCAAGCCACGGUGUUUUUGCAUGACACUGAAUGCCAAAGACGGUAAGAAACUUCUCUGCAAGUCAUGAACCAGCGGUUCAUGCACCGGCUUCAGGCUCAUGAAGAGGCUUAUGUACGUUUCUGCGGGGAGGAGAAGGGAGCCAGACAGGCGACAGUGAACACUGUCUUGGCUUUAGGGCACAGGCGCGGGAGCCAAUGAGAAGGAGACAUCCACUCCUCUCUGUCCUGCCUGGCUUGGCUCAGCUCGGCGCGCCCUGUAAUUAGGAGCUCUUGCUGGGUUGGGCGCCGCCCGCCACGGUGGACAGCCUGGCUGGCUGCUGCGUCAAGGGAGUUUGUGAACGCCAGCUCCACACUGACUGAGGGUAGCAGAAGUUUACAUCGAGCAGGGCCAAGUCCAAAGCAAACUGAAACAACUAAAGGCAUUAGUUUAAAAUGAACAGACAAUCGUCACCUGUCUUUGAGGAGAAGAAACCUUCCCUGCCCGUAGGUGUGGGGACUUCUGUCUCCACCAGGGACUCCCCUCCGACCCUGCCGGAGUCCACCGCUGACGCGGGCUUCUACAGCGGGCAGAGCGCGCUGCACGGCUCGCAGGACUUUUACGUAGCGCAGCAGCCGUACGGAGCUCCUCACAUGAACCCGUACACCUACCACCACUACAACCUGAACGGGAUGGCUCCCAGCGGCGCUUACUCAGUGGGCAAGGCGGAAUACCCGUACCCGCAUGCGGCAUACAGAGAGCACGGAGCGUUCGGCAGGGAGAUGCAGUCUGCGCUGCAAGAAGUGAAAGAGGAACCGGACCUGGAAGUCCGGAUGGUCAACGGGAAACCCAAGAAGGUCCGCAAACCCCGGACCAUCUAUUCCAGUUACCAGCUGGCCGUGCUGCAGAGGAGAUUCCAGUCGGCCCAGUACCUGGCUCUGCCGGAGCGGGCUGAGCUGGCUGCGCAGCUGGGCCUCACCCAAACGCAGGUCAAAAUUUGGUUCCAGAAUCGACGCUCUAAGUUUAAGAAGCUGUACAAGAACGGAGAGUUUCCUCUUGGGGAAAUACCUUGCGAACAUAGCCCAGAUGCCAGCGAUUCUAUGGCCUGCAACUCUCCUCCGUCCCCAGCUGUGUGGGACAACACUACCAGCAACAACAAUACAAAUGGCAGCAUAAGCAACAUCAACGACACAAAUAGCAGUGGCCUCAAGAAUAAUGCAUUGCUGGAUCCUGCCAGCAGAGGCCAGGGGCCGUAUCAGCCUCCAAUCAAUUCCUCUCCAGCUUACAUGGAUGGGUUUGCGCAGCACAACUGGUACCAGCAGCAGGGGGCACAUUUAGGUUUGGCACAGUCGGGCCAGAUGCACCACACACCACCUACAGGACCAUCAGAUACACAGAGUAUGCGAACCAUCUACUGAACCCAUGAAUCUGGACACUCAACAGCAUUUUGCCUGAAGCCCUGUGCUGAAAAACCAGAGGGAUAUUUUUUUUUCUUUUCAGAGGAAUUACAGCUUUGCUGUGACCCAAAUUACUUAACAGACAAGAGACACAAGAAAUGACUUGUAAAAACUACAAAUGGGGGCUGAUAAACAGUGUCCACUUCAAAUAUUUCCUCCACCACUCCCAUGUUCUACUCAAAACCUUGUGGGAGAUUACAUGGAUUGAAGUGUUUUGCACUGCUUAAGGUGGAAAGAUAAGAGGUGGGGAGAUAAGAUUAUGUGAAUUUUUUUUCUAUAUGAAAUGUCUCCAUAUUUAAUGUAGAAACCUUUAAUUAUUUGGUCAUUUAUAAAUUAUGUUCUGAACAUGUCCUCCGUCUUUUCCCUACUGAAACAACAUGCUACUGAAAAUCAUUGCAGGACUUUACCAACCAAUAAGACUAUUGAGGUAAACCCCUUUCCUAUCGGUGUAAAACAAGGACUUAGUACAAUUUUACUAUCUUCGUGUUAAACUAAGCUUAGACUGAUGUAACACUCAAAUGCUGAAUGAGUCUGAUACUCCACUCCUCUGUGCUUUGAGCAAUGUACAGCAACAACCUAGGCCAAACUGUGGUAAGUUUUAAAAAAAAAUUUUAUACGUCUCUGGUUCUCCCGUAUAGAAAUGCACUGCAAUCAAAGUUGUGUUGUGGGGAAUUGAGGUUGUGUAAUUAGGGAAAAGACCGUGCAACUGUGAGGCAAUUACUUGUAAUUACUACAAAGUUUAAUACGAGAUGCCGGAGAAAUCAGCUACUGACCCAUUUUCAUCUAGAAACUCUUCAUCAGAGACUCAAAAACCCAAUCUGUCCUUAUCAGAGAAUAAUCACAACACUCUUUGGUGUGGAGGUUGAUACUGAGGGAAGAAGACUUAAAGCUAAUAAUUUUCAGCAUCAGGGAGGUGUUUACAUUGACGUCAGAGAGAGCACAACAAUGUAAAACUAUGUUUUUUCACAACUUGCUGAGACAUGUCUGUAGAUCAUUCAGGCUGGGAGAGAGAGAGAGAGAGACUUCAGCAGACAACAGGAAGGCUGAACUUAUUAUCAAAGUUGUUCUGUUUUAUGUUUUCAGCGCUCCACCUAUGUUUGUCAUGGAGCAUGCUGGAACUGGAAAUGCUGGCAGCCUUUUGGAAAUCUUAAAGUUUAGGCUCUACAUCCUCUACACAGAUGUUUUAGGAAGAUUAGCUGAGGUUAUCACUAAGAUAAGAUGCUAAAUACUGAUUAAAAUCUAAUCUCUGAAAUCAUUUGGUCUGUUUUAAAAUAGCACAACCCUCUUUUACAGCAACAGCUCACUCGCUCAUGCUAUGUCUUCACCUCUACUUCAGCUUUGCAAAAAACAGACUGUAAAUCGCUACAAAUCACUGAUCAGUGUAUCCCGAAUUAUCAUAAACAAUGUGAAAAUGUUACUUUUAAUUUACUACAAAAAUGCUUAGUUACGGUACUUUCUUUUUGUUCAUUACAUAGUUGUAAGCCCUGGAUUUGUUUUCCAAUUAGGACAUUUAUCUUCUGGUGUUUUUCAAUCUAAGGAAUAUAUAUUGCUGUAUGAAAUCCAGAGGUCAGUGUUCAUCCAAUUCAUCCCAGGAAUAAUAGAUGACAAAUACUGAUGUGAGGAUGCACGGUGGCGGAGUUGGUAGCAUUGUUGCCUUGAAGCGAGAAGAUCCUGGGUUUGACUCCCGGCCGAGGGUCUUUCUGCAUGGAGAUUGCAUGUUCUUCCCGUGCAUGUGUGAGUUCUCAGCGGGUACUCCGGUUUCCUCCCACAGUCCAAAAACAUGACUGUCAGGUUAAUUGGUCUGUCUAAAUUGCCCUUAGGUGUGAAUGGAUGUCUGCAUGGUUGUUUGUCGUGUAUGUCUGUAUGUUACCCUGUAAUGGAUUGGGUGUUCCCUGCCUCUCGCUCGUAGACUGCUGGAGAUAGGCACCAGCUUCCCCGUGAUCCACUAUGGAAUAAGCGAUAUAGAAGAUGAAUAAAUGAAUGAAAAUACUGAUGGUAAAAAGCUUUGAAUCCAUGCUUUCCAGAUAUUACUCUAAUGUCUAACAACAUCUCCUUUAGAGACCUCUUUCUGGGCUACAUUGAUAAAAAAGUUAGCAUUGAUGAGAAGAUUCAAGUCAUGGUUAAAAUAUUUUCAUCCAUUCUGAUUCAUUUAUAAUUAUGUAAGUUUUAGCUACUACCUUUUCCUUUUGUCAGUUCAAAUUGUUUAUAUUUGUCAGUGUUAAAAUCGAAUCGACAUUCAGUUGAAUUGAGUUAUCACUUUCCUUAUAUGUGAUAACUCUGUUAAUGUCUUCAUUUAAGUUAAAUGCAGUCAGUUUGUCCCUCAGAUUUUGAAAUUUAUUUUGUAAGAAAGACUUCUGUCGCAAAAAUACCAUAGCGGUUCAUUCAAACACAGUUUUAUAAUUUUUUUAACUGAUGUGUGACAUCUGAAUUAAUGUAUUUUUGUUUUACUUAUUUCUUCAAACUUAGCAGUCUGUGCUAAAGUUUGAGGACUUUAUUUUGAACUGAAAAGGAAGUAGUUGGUGUGUUGCCCAGUCGUUUUCAACAGAGUCGACUAAUAAAGACUACCUGCUGGGCUCACUUGCAACACUCAUUCAAGAAAACCUUGACCACUAUUAAAACAUCUGUGUGGCAACGUCCUGGGUAGUUGGUAGAAAAAGGAAACAGUAACAGAGUGACAGACAAGAUAUGAAGAUUUGUAAGCACUGUGAGAAUACAGCGACUGGCUAACCUUUAGCCGCUAAUGACAUCAGCGUCUUAUUUUGAGAUAAACUAAUGGUUAUUUCACACAGGUUUCAUAUAAAUGUUCCUCUACAAAUUCUACACUAUUCCACACAAAUAUUCUGAGCUUUCUGGCACUUUUUCAUUAUUUUUUAACGUUUGAAUUCAAAAUGAUCUAAUCUGUAAUUAGAUCAUUCUGCACUUAUUACAUAUUCUGUAAAACAGUUUGUGAUUUGUGAAACCUUUACUCUAUUUGUAAAAAUUAAAGUAGAGAUUCUUAGAUUCCCCCAAAAUAUUGCAAAAGACCAGCUUAAUUUUUUUCUUGUGAAAUCAAUGUUGCAAAUCGCUGAGCUGGAAUAUCAUAACACUCCUCUUUGAACAGCAAUGAAAUUGUUGAUCUUUGCAAAAAUUACAUAUCUGCAUAGUUUCUCUGACCAUAUCUGUUUAUUUCACAGUGCAUGUUUGACACGGGAACACAAAAAAGAAAAACAUUCAUUCCCUGCUUUUUUAUACAAGGCAAUAACAGUUUUAGACCAGAGUUAUUUUAGGAUAAAAAAAAAGUCUGAAGCCGACAUUUAGCCAUUUUUGGAUCUGUAUGUGAUCACAGUAUUAUCUCCUCAGGAUUUAGGAGCAGAUAAAACCUAAGAUUGUCAGAUGUCUCCUACGUACCUUCUGUAAGAAAAAUAGUUUUUUACAGUCUACCCUGUUUCUUCAUUAACUAAUUUUACAACUGAAGAACUUCAAAGGUUUUCAUACAUACCAAAUGCCAAAAUGUGCAUUUGAGACUUUAAGAUGUUGCACCACUAGUAGAAUAUUUGUGUGACAUUAACAUCACCAGCAGAUUAACAGAACUAGUUAUGGCAUGCAAAACGAUUUAUUUUAAUUUUGCAGAACUCUUAUUUCAGGUGUAAACCUCAACACAGUAGAAUGAUAAUAUGUUAAUUGCCAAUUUGUAACUUCGAAACUGAAAUGUAUUAGAUCACCGUUACCUUGGUGACAUCGCAUCACAUUUUUCUUUUAUUUUUUACCUUGGAUUAACGACCUCUGGAGAAAUCAUCCAUCAUACCACUUUUUCCCCAUGCUCAGCAUAUGCUUAUUUCCAUGUAUUUUAUCACCCAAUUUGCCCUUAUCGGUGCAAAUAGACACAGGCUGAUCAAAGACAAAAUAAAAGCUGGAACCUAUUGCUAGAAAAUUUUGAAAAACUCAGGUUUUUAUUUAUACUUUCAAUUGUAAAUAUGAGAAAGUACAAUGCUAAGUGCCUUUAAGUAUUUUUUGUUUGUUUUUCAUUUAAUAAAAUUAACGUUUAAUGUA